ACAAUGUUACCAGUUAAAUUCGGAAGAGGCAACAACAUUCACUUCGUGGCUGGAACAAUAAAUAUGGCGGGUUAUUGUGUAUGUUUUUUGGAGAAAGUGCAUUCAAUGUUUUGAAUUAAGUUUUUCGGCUAUUAACCGAAUUAUGUUUGUGUUGGUAGUGUCAGAAGAUAUGGAUCAAUGCUGACAUAAUUUUUGUAAAAUGUGCGAUGUUUGCGCAGAAUUUUUAGACCUUCUACAAACAUAUGAAGAAAGGGUCUCUGGUGAAGCAGAUGAACGGCCAGUUCUACGGAAAGAUGAAGUCGAAACCGUUUUUAUGUACAUACAGUCAUGGACCCAGAGGCAGUGCAUGUGCUGCUUCCGGGACAGCAAGAACUUUGAGCGGUUCAACCUGGUGACCCAGAGCAUCAUCUCGCUCGCCAUCGGCCAGCUGCGCGACCUGAAGGAGGAGCUGCAGCGGGCCCGGGAUGGCGGGGAGAAGGCCGCGGAGGUGACGGUGGACGUGGUGGGGGACAAGGAGGAGGGGGGGGAGGAGGAGCGGUGGAGCGUGGAGGAGAAGGAGCGGCUGGUGCACUUCGUGGCCAAGAUCUUCCUGCUGAACUUCCCGCUGUACGUGGCGUACAAGCACGGGGCCCAACCCCGGGCCGAGGAGGUGACCCAGCAGGAGGCUGUGUUCUGCGACCUGCACGACCCGGAGAUCCCCGCCUACCUGCUGCGCAACGUGUGCCUGUUCUGCAAGGCGGGGGGCGUGCGCGUCAUGACGGCCUGCUUCGACCUGCCCGGCCCCGACCUGCUGCCCGUGCCCGUGGCUCACGCCAUCGUCGCCGUCGUCUGCAACCUCAAGCUGUGGCUCAACCUGCGCUCCAUCAUGCAGCUGUUCGUGCCGCUGCGCGCCAAGGUGCUGCGCUACAUGUGCUGCCUGGCCGACAAGGACCUGCGCACCCCGGGCAUCAAGUCCAUGGCCGAUUUUAUGUGGAGUGCGGUGAAGGAUCCUCUGGACUCUCCGCUGACGUUCGACCGAGAUGGCCUGGACCUAGCGUUCAAGUACUUCACCAGCUCGACCCUGACGAUGCGGCUGUCGGGGAUCGCCCAGAUCAACAGCCACAUCAACAUGUUCAACGAGCUGUGCAACAACGAGAGCAUCAUCGAGGUGGAGAACGUGGGCCAGAACCUGGCCAACUGGCUGGUGGAGAAGCAGAUCAUCUCCCACAUCUUUGGCCCCAACCUUCAUGUCGAGGUGAUAAAGCAGAGCCACAUAAUCCUGGGCUUCCUGGCCAUGGAGUGCAAGAUCACGGACGAGCACGUGGACGUGAUCUGGCAGGCCGCGCAGCUGAAGCACUGCAGCAAGCAGGUGCACGACCUCCUGCCGCCCCUCAUCAAGAAUCUGGAGGCGGGGCCCGUGCUGCACCUCUACAGCCUGCUGUGCCGGCUGGAGCCCCGCGACCACACCGAGCAGAGCUUGUACCUGGCGUCUGCGCUGAUCAAGUUCAUCUGGACGAGCAGUGGGACUUACAGCCAGAUAACCGCCGGCGACGCGCCGUUCCUCGCGCUGGCCAAGACCACGCUGAUCACCGGCCUGAAGGGUCGCCACCGAGACAUCAGCAGCAGCGAGAACAGCGUCAGCAUGGAGGCCAGCAACUCCGAGGACGAGCAGGGCGAGAGCUCCCAGCAGAGCGACCCGCACAAGUCGGUGAGCGAGGGCAGCGAGGGCCCCACGCCGUGCAAGCAGGCGAGGAAGCUCAAGAAGCAGCUGCGUCGACACGUGGCCGACGUGGACAGCUCGGAAGGCAGUGUAAAAAUAGGGGACUUAGAUGAGGAUGACGAGGAAGAGGAAGAUGAUGAGGAAGUAGAUGAAGAGGAUGAUGACGAUGAUGAAGAGAAAGUCCUUCACAGAAGUAUGACUGCAACAAAACCAGUUGUGUGUCAUGUCACUGCAAAGCACUUUAAACCAGAGUUGCCCGACACGGCCAAGGCGAACGUCUCCAGUAAACAAGCGUGUAAGAAGCUCGGGCGCCCCCCUGGCCUCUCUCCUCGGAAGUGCGGUGCGCACAAGACACAGUCCAGCAGCGAGAACGAGGUUGACGCGGAUGGUGAAAAGUCUGUCGGCGAGGAGAGCCCAGAGAAGCAAAAGAUAAAAAAGAAGAAAGUUUUAAAGAAAAAGAAAACUGUUAAAAAGAAAUUAGCAGACAAGGUGCAUGUCUGUGACGGCGGCAAGCCUGAGGGCUCGGAGGAGGAGGACCUGGACAGUGGCUCGGAGGAGGAGUCCAAGGCGGGCCCUCGCGUGACCAAGGGGAAGCCUGCGGUGCGCACCGGGGUCCCGCUCGAGCCAGACCAAGAAGUUCCUAAUAUUCUAGUCAGGGAAGGUGGCAUGGAGUUUAUUCACAUGAUGGACGACCAUUCACACGACAGCUCGCAUGACUCGACUCAAGGUGGGGUCAUGACGGAGCUUGCCAGUUUAGUGCAAGCUCACGCCCAUGAGAUUCACGACUGUCGUCCCUUCAUGAGAAACUUUGAGGCUCAUAGGGAACUUAUGGAGGAAAUGCUGAGUGGUGAUGAAGGCAGUUAUUCUUCGAGAAUGAGCAACAAAUCUGAGAAGAAUAUGGCUGACUUCGAUGGAGAGGAAUCUGGCUGUGAUGAUGAGUUGGUUCAAUUAGCAACUCAGGCACGGUUGCCGCAGCACCUCAACGUGGCGUUCCACCCGCGCUUCCACCCGGGCAAGUCGCCCGGCCUGCAGGACGCCCCGCGCCUCGCGUCCCAGUUCAAGGUCGAGCACGUGUGCCGGCCGGGCAGCACCCUGCUCUGGGACCUGCUGCAGGACGACAAGAUCGUCCAGCUGGGUGAAGGACUAGCCAUUGAAGCAGAAAAAGUUCUUUGUAAUUUACUGUGUUUUAAUACUGAAAGACUGAUCCGAAUGAAGUUUAUCGAAGGGUGUUUGGAAAACUUAGCAAUGAACAGGUCGGUGGUGGUGUCCCUGAGGCUGCUGCCGAAGCUGUUCUCGUCGUUCCAGCAGUUCCGCGGGAUGGACACCCACCAGAUCACCACGUGGGCGGAGCACCAGCACAACAUGAUGGGGGCCUUCUUCGACAACCUCAAGGUGUACACCAAGGAGGGCCCCAAGACCAACCUGUACUCCCACCAGACCGAGGUGCAGGUCCGCCUGCAGUUCCUUUCGUCGGUGUUCUCGCCACUGGGCUCCCCGGAAGACUUCCGGUUGCGGCUGGACCAGGUGGACACCCUGUGGUCGUGCCUGGCGACGGACGAGCAGUGCUGCGAUGAGCUGUUCAGCUGGCUGCUGAGCCAGGCCAAGGAGCAGCACGCCCUCGGCACUGAGGCCCUGCGGCACCUCUACAUGAAGAAGCUGCCGAGCCUGCAGCCCGAGGCCAUGAGCAUGACGGGGCUCGGCCUGUUCCAGCAGCUGUGCAGCCUGGCGCGGCUGGCCAGCGCCCACCUGGACGACGGGCCCUUCGUGGGCAUGGACCACAUGUGGCGCAUCGCCCUGCGGGCCAACAACACCGAUGUGAGCAUGGCGGCCAUUCAGUACCUGAAUAGCUAUUACGUUGGGCAUCAGUUGGAUCACGAAGCAGAAUUUGUGUCCCAGUGCAUGGCUCAUCUAGCAGCAGCCUCGGCUGACCUCGAAAAGUCUGAAGAAUCGAGCUUGCUGUGUAUCCAGAGGGCACUCUUGCUCCUGAAAACUCAUCUCGAAACAUUCAGGAGAAGGUACGCGUACCACCUGCGGCGCUGGGCCCUGGAGGGCCAGGGCGUGGGCAGCCACGUGCAGCUCAUGAUCGGGGAGCGGGGCUGCGUGCCGCUGCGGGUGGUGGUCCAGCCGGCGGGGGCCUCGGAGAAGGCCACCCUGGAGCUGCUGAGCUCGGACUACGUGGCGGACCUGCGCGCCGAGGCCGUCAAGUGGUGGGAGGGCGCCGCCGCGGCCGAGAGGCAGCCGGCCGGCGCGCCCGUGCUCGGCUCGCUGCUGGCCGAGGGCCCCGUCAGGAUGAUCACGCAGGGCCAGGAGCUCACCACCGAGUUCGACGAGAAGACCCUGCAGGAAGUGGGCUUCAAGGACCUGCAGAUGGUGUUCGUGUCGAUGGGCAGCGCCCGGCAGCAGAAGAAGAGGGACUCGCUGGACACGCCCUCGGUGCUGCCCCCGCCCCCUCGCGAGAGCCUGCCCACCAUCCUGCUGCUGCAGCCCCAGUACUUCGAGCAGCUGUUCCACCUGAUGCAGACGCUCAGCAGGAUGAAGACACCUGUCAAGGGCGGGAACCUGAUCCCGCACACCAAGGCGCAGGUGCUGUCGCGCCGCGUGUGGGACAUCCUGACCCUCCUGCCGACCAGCCCCACCCUGCUGGGGGGCUUCCAGCAGCUGGACGGCUCCGGGGCCUCCCUGCAGGGGCUGCUCGACCCGGCCAGCCCCCAGAAGCUCAUGUACUCCCUGUACAUCGUCGAGUCGCUGAGCCGCGGCGGCAAGGCCCUCGCGAGUUCAAACACUGGAGGUGGUGGCGGUGACGAAGUUAAAGUGGAGACCAAUAACUGGAAUCAUAAAUUUGUUCAACAAGGUGGCCUCAGGCAUCUGUUUGAUAUUUUUAUGUCAGGCGUGCUGCAGCGGUCAGGGGGAGACGGCAGCGAGUGGCAGCAGGACUGCCUGGCCGUCCUCUUGAAACUGUUCCGUCAGCUCGGCGUUGCGGACGACGCGGACGUAAUUUGUGACGCCUCUGACAACGGCAGAAACAAGCGCGCUAGGCGCUUUCGCAAAGAUGGCACGGAGAAAGUUGUAGUACCAAGACUGAAUGAGGCUAUGCUUCAAAUGAUGAAUAUAGAUACUGUCAUGCCAAGGUUGACGAGCAUACUGCACGAAGCUUCGCUACCCCGAGAUCCUAACCACUACAAAACUGGUUUCUGGGGUAGAGCUCAGGUGGUGCACUACGCGAUGGCGCUGCUGGUGUCGUGGGUGCACUCCAGUGAUGAGGUGCGGCAGGGUCUGUUCGUGGCCCCGCACUUCUCCACCUGGCUGCAGCGCCUGGUGCUGGAGGACCCCGAGCCGGCGGUGAGGCGCGAGAUAUGCACGGCGCUGUACCGCCUGUGCCUGGGCGGCAGCGCUGACCCUCCGGGCAUCACGGCGCACAUGCUGGGACACAUGCUGCAGUACCUGGGCGUCGCCGAGUCCAUGAGGCCGCAGAAGCUCGAGACGUUGCACCACCCUGCGGCUGCAGAAGAUGGCAAGGAGCCAUAUGGACCAGCGUGCCGGGACUAUUUCUGGUUGUUAUGUCGACUGGUUGACAGUUUACCUGAAGAUUUGGUGAAAGAGAGCAUUGAAGACCCUCAGGGCUGUGUGAUCGACGUUGACGGGCUGGCAAAGAAACUAGCCAAGUCAAUCCUAAGUAGAGAGUACCUGGAGACGCGCCACAACACAGUCGAAGACGACGGGCUGAUAGGUCUGCUUAAUCUUAUGUCGAAUGUGCUCAAACAUGAUCCCCCUUUCAAAACAUCCAAAGAGGGUCAAGAAUUUUUGACUGAGGUGUUUGAAUUCUUGUUCGCCCUGCCGAACCCUCGCAAGCGUCAUGUCCCAAAGUGCAAGUCGCAGACGUCUCGCUCUGCUGCAUAUGACUUGCUGGUAGAGCUAGUGAAAGGCGCGCCUAGCAACUACCAUAUUUUGUUCGGGAAGCUGCUAGACCAACAUAAGCCAGGGCCGCACUCCCCCUACCCGUGGGACUACUGGCCGCACGAGGAUGGGCGCUCGGACUGCGGCUACGUGGGGCUCACGAACCUGGGCGCGACAUGCUACAUGGCCUCCUGCAUGCAGCACCUGUACAUGAUGCCCCAGGCGCGGUCCUCCAUCCUGCGGGCCCGGUGCGACGCCAGCAGCAAGCACGAGCACACGCUGCGCGAGCUGCAGAGGAUGUUCGCAUACCUGCUCGAAAGUGAACGGAAGGCUUACAACCCACGUAGUUUCUGCAAGGUAUACACCAUGGACCACCAACCUUUGAACACUGGUGAACAGAAGGAUAUGGCGGAGUUCUUCAUAGAUCUCGUCUCGAAACUGGAAGAGAUGACCCCCGAACUGAAGAAAUUAGUCAAGACCCUGUUUGGUGGUGUCAUCAGCAACAAUGUUGUUUCUCUAGACUGCGAACACGUCAGCAGAACUUUGGAAGAGUUCUACACGGUGCGCUGCCAAGUGGCCGACAUGCGCAACCUGUACGAGUCGCUCGACGAGGUCACCGUGAAGGACACUCUGGAAGGGAACAACAUGUACACCUGCUCUCAGUGCGGGAAGAAAGUGCGUGCCGAGAAGAGGGCGUGCUUCAAGAAGCUGCCUCACAUCAUGUGUUUCAACACGAUGCGCUACACUUUCAACAUGGUGACCAUGCUCAAGGAGAAAGUGAACACACACUUUUCUUUCCCAUUGCGACUUGAUAUGUCUGGCUAUGUCGAGAAACACCUUAUGCCACAACACUAUCAAGAGGAGAAGAGGAAGUCUCAGAUGCGGAAAACUGAGCUCGGCAAGGAAGGCAAGGAGGAAUCGGAAGAAGUGUGUAGCAAGAGUUGUGGUGAUAAAGAUGAUUGUGAUUAUUCAGACACGGAGGACUUCAAUGAGUGCUACGAGUACGACCUGAUUGGGGUGACGGUGCAUACGGGCACUGCGGACGGUGGUCACUAUUACAGCUUUAUCCGGGACCGCACGACGAGCAACCGUGACAAAUGGUUUCUCUUCAAUGACGCGGAGGUGAAGCCUUUCGAUCCCAACCAAAUUGCUGCCGAGUGCUUUGGUGGGGAGAUGACGAGCAAAACGUACGACUCGGUGACGGACAAGUUCAUGGACUUCAGUUUUGAGAAGACGAACAGUGCGUACAUGCUGUUCUACGAGUGGUGCAGCCGUGACGGUGAGCAGAGGGGCUCCAAGGAGGAAGUCUCCUCGGAGGUCGAGGCGAAGCAGGCGGCUCCGGUGUCCACGUUCGAGCUGAGCAAAGAGCUGGAGGACUGGAUCUGGCAGGACAACAUGCACUUCCUCAAAGACAAGAAUAUUUUCGAACACACCUACUUUAAUUUCAUGUGGCAAGUAUGUGGCUAUAUUCCCCAGACACUGUUAAGUGCUCAGCCAGACAUUACAAAAAUAGCUGCGCAACUUUCUACUUCUUUCUUCAUUGAGACUUUCAUCCAUGCCAAAGAAAAACCGACCAUGGUGCAGUGGGUGGAGCUGCUGACGAAGCAGUUCAACCAAUCGCAGGCGGCGUGCGAGUGGUUCCUGGACCACAUGGCACAGGACGAGUGGUGGCCGGUCCAGAUACUCAUCAAGUGCCCCAACCAGAUCGUGAGGCAGAUGUUCCAGCGGCUGUGCAUCCACGUCAUCCAGAGGCUCAGGCAGAACCAUGCACCAUUGUAUUUGAAAGGCGAUUCAGACGAUGAAGGAUUGGGAGAACCAGAAAAAAUCGGCAGUCAGUCGUGCGUAACACGCUUCAUCAAGAUGUUGCUGUCGUUGAUGGAGCAUGGUGCGAAAGCACAUUUGAAGCACCUGAGUGAAUAUUUUGCGUUUCUGAAUGAGUUCAGCAAGAUGGGCGAAGAGGAGAGCCAGUUCCUGAUCUCGGUGCAGGCCAUUUCUUCGAUGGUUAACUUCUAUCUGGGACAGAAGGCCCAGGACUAUGUGGAGGUUCUGAGCGAGGACGAAGACGAAGAUGACAUCAUCCCGCUGCCGACAGACAAGUACAAGCCAGCCUCGCUGGACAAGAUGGUGACGCUGGUGGCUGCGUUGGUGGAGCGGUCUCGGGGCCCGGACCACAUGUUGCAGCUGUCCACGCCGGACGUGAACGCCGUGGCUGGUGGCAAGGGAUUCCCAUUCUUGUACCAGCAGAUAAAGGACAGCAUCAAUCUGCACCAGACGCGCAAUCUCAUUCACGCGCUGUGCCGCUGGAACGACAGGCUGGCUGUUCACAUCAUUGCAAUGAUAUUCCAGGCCAUCACCAAGCACUCGGAGAUCUGCCAGCCGUUCUUCAAGCUGCUGACGCUGCUGACGGAGCCGGGCGCCGCUCCCCCGGGGCUGCCGUGCUUCACGCAGCUGGUGCUGGCGCGCGUCUGGGAGGCGGCAGAGUUCUGCCCGCAGAGCGCGCUGGACUGGCUGGCGGUGCAGGCGCCGCGCAACAAGCUGGCCCACUCGUGGGUGCUGCAGGGCAUGGAGUCCUGGGUGGAGCACUUCCUGCUGGGACACAACAACCAGCGCGUGCGCUCCGCUGCGGCGUACCUGCUGGUGUCCCUGGUGCCCAGCCCGCACUUCCGGCAGGGGUACCGCGCGGCCCGCGGCCUCGCCAGCCCCCACAAGGAGCUGCUGACGGCGUGCGAGGCCCAGCUGGUGCUGCACCAGGUGUACUCCUUGCUGCUGCGCCUGCUCAAGCCGGCGCGCCACUACACCGACAUUCAGGCGCACGGCACCAUGAAGCUCACCGCCUACUUCGCCCUGCUCACCUACUGCGUCGUGUCCCGUGCCGAGAAGCUCAUGUUUGGCCAGUACUUCUUGGAUUUGUGGCAGCUGUUCCACCCCAAGUUGUCGGAACCCUCAAUCCCUGUCCAUCACAACAAGCAAGCUCUUCUGCUGUUCUGGCAUCAUGUGUGCUCCGACUGCCCAGAGAACAUUCAGCUCAUUUUGCAGAACGCUCAUGUGACCAAGAACAUUGCCUUCAAUUAUAUCUUGGCAGAUCACGAAGACCAGGAUGUGAUGAUGUUCAACCGGAGCAUGCUGCCGGCGUACUACGGCUUACUGAGGCUAUGCUGCCAGCAGUCGCGAGCGUUCACGCGCCAGCUUGCAAGCCAUCAGAACUUGCACUGGGCCUUCAAGAACAUUACACCACACCCCACGCAGUACAGCGCGGCAGUGGACGAACUGUUUAAGUUAAUCCAACUGUUCGUUGCAAAGUAUCCUGACAGUACUGAGCAAGAGGUACAUGAAAUCAACACUUUUAAGAGACAAACUCUGCAACUUUAUUUACAGAUAGUGGACGGCAGAACAUGCUGGACCACGCUAAUGCUGGCAUUCAGGACACUUAUUGAAAAUGAUGAUGACCGAUUGUUUGUCAUUUACAAUGGUGGUCUCCAGCUGACUUUUGAGGCGUUCCACACGUUGUUCACGAUGUACCACGAAGCAACGAGCUGUCAUGUGGCCAGCGACAUGGUGGAGAUGCUGUCUCUCUUGUUGGAGUUCGUGAAGUGCCUGCGGAUGUACCGGGAAAACAAGGACGUGCGAGCAAUGCUGCUGUCCUCGAAGGAAUGGUCCGAAGUGCUGCGCAAGCUUGCAACGCUGUUGAACACCUACAAUUCUGCGGACAUGCGGAUAAUCUGUCUGGACCUGAUGAAGGAGAUGCUGCUGCUGGUCCCGACGGAGGCCAUCACGGUGCUGGUGCCCCUGCUGUCCCACUGCCACUCGGCCUUCCAGGAGAGCCACGGCGCGCUGCCCACGGGCCCGUACUUCCCGCGCCGCGCGCCUCGGCCCCCGCUCACAAUGGGGCUGAAGGGCGGGCGGCCCGCGCCCUCCCGCCAGCUCGAGGCCCCCAAGGAUGAAAAUGAUGUUAGUCUGCCAGAAGCACAAUACCAUUCCAAAUAUGGCUUGGAUCCAGAAUAUGACAGAGCACUGCUCGACUUCUAUUCCCCGUAUCACGACUACAUCGAUGUGAUCUGCCGACUUGCAAUCAACAACAACUGUAUGUCAGAGUCACUCGUGAACCUAAGUGCCAUGGUGGGAUUUGAAGGUGUUCCUUUGCAUCUGACGUAUUUCCCCAAACUGUGGUUGGACAUUUAUCAGGCGCAGCAUGUUGAUCGGAAAUACAUCACCAUUCUCACAAAUAGUAAUUAUUUUGUGGACUAUGUGGAAGCAGUGUUGUUGGAUGAGAGGUUGUCACUAAACAUACCGAUCAUCUACAACUUCUUAAACAUAUAUUUCCCAAAGGUGGCGCCCCAGGUGCUGAACGCGCAGACGCGCGGCCUGGUCGGGAGCCUGGUGUCGUCGCUGACGGGCGCGGCGGGCGCGCUGGGCGUGCGGGCGGCGGCCGGCAGGCUGAACGGGGACCUGAGCGCUCUGCUGCUGGUGUACAGUGCCGGGGCCGGGCUGGAGCCCCCCCCGGAGCUGGGGCCGGCCCUGGGCCAGCUGCUGGCGCGGGCCCGGGCCGCGCGGGGCAAGGCGGAGGAGCCCGCCGCCGAGACCGCCGCGGAAGAGGCGCCCUCGAAGAAGCGCAAGAUAACCGGGGAGUCGGAGGACGACGGGGAGCCCCAACCCGGGUGCUCCAAGGAGCCAGACAGCCCCCCGGCGACGCUGCACGGCGCAUCAGACGCCAGCUCGUCCCCUAGGCAGGCCCAGCUGUCGGACAACUGGCUGGAGGCACUGGAGAAGACCAUCCUCGAGCUGCGGGCGUGCAUAGAGAAGAAGGAGUGAGGCGCGGCCACCGUUUCCCAGGUCGUCGCUUCUCGCGGCAAAAUGUCACUGAACUUGUCAAAUUACUAAAGUUUUAUUUCCCCCCUUCCCUCCUUUUUUUCCCUUCAUUCUGCCAAAUACUUUGUGAACUUUUCGGUGAGAUGGUUAGCUCAGGAAGAAGUGUUAAACAUCAUCAGUGAUAGUGCACAUGGUUGAUUAACAUUCCUUAAAGUUAAACACGGCGAUUUUUUUUUUUGUGCGAGAGCAUGUUUCCAUUCACCAGCUAAACAGGAAGCGUGAAUUUUGGAAUCUCGCUGAUGAUGAAGACUUUGGUUUUCAAAUGGUAUAUUUCGGCAGCUAUUGUAAAGGUGUAUCCUGCUGUCACGUAAGACCACUGACGUCUUUCAUUUCCAAAUCAUGUUCGUACCGCAUGUCAUGAUUGUUUCAAGUAGUUUUAUCACAAAGGAUUUGUUAAAUGUACAGUAAUAGCUUUGUGAUUAAUAUCAUGACAUUGAGGGUACCUAUUUAUUGCUUUUUCCACAUGUUCUAGAAUGAUGUGUGAUUUAUUAUUUACAUAUUAAUACUUUAAAUUGUGAUCAUUUGUACAGAUGUUUGAAUAAUACAUAAUUAGAAAUAAAUAUAGGGUGAUUUUUAUUGCCCAUUUAGUAUUAUUUUUUAAAUCACAUCUUUGGAUGUCAACUAUAUGAAUUCAUAGCAUAGUAAUAAAGUGAAACAGCACUGAAAAUACAUUUUUGUAGUGUUGGUAAGUGUUGUAUUAAUGGAUACUAUGGUAUCAUGUAUAGACAGAUUUUAUUGAUGUCGGUCACUGCUGUACAGUGUGUGUGCUCUCUGGUAGCCUUAAAAUGAAUGAAACUCAAAUGUAUUUUAAUCCCAAUACUUAAUGAUAGACAGAUAUUGCAUAUGUGUUUGUUGGAAUGACUGUAAUUUUAUCACUUCGAUUCCUGAUUCGUAAUUUUUCCAGACUGGUAAUGAUAGAUAUUGCAUAUGUGUUUGUUGGAAUGACUAAUUUUAUUACUUUGAUUCCUGAUUCGUAAUUUUUCCAGCGUGGUGAAAGACUGUUGGUUUCAAGGUUAUAGUCCGUAAUGCUGUUUGCUGUGAAAAAUUGCCCAUUUUGCAGAUGUGCCGUGUUUUGCUCGUAAAUGCUACUUUUUCACCUCUGAAGUUUGCCUGCCGAAUGUCAUUCCAGAAAUAAAUUUCUGUGCAAUGUUGCAUUAGUUUUGAUUUUA